CCCGCGGCUCCCUGACGCCGGCGUGACGUCACCACGCCGGGCGGCCGCCAUUACAGAAAGCCGAGUCCCGAGCUAGGGCGAGCGGAGGAGGAGGCACAGCGGCCGGCGGCCGAGCACUGCGGAGCGAGCCAGUGGGCCGGCGCCAGCGCCCAGCAGCCGCCUGGGGCCGCAGGAAGCACCCCGGGGAGCGGCGGCGGCGUGUGCGUGUGGCCCGGGUGCGGGCGGCGGCGCGGGAGCAGCGCGGAGGAGCGGCAGCCGGUUCGGGCGGGCGGCAUCAUGGACGAGAAGUUGUUCACCAAGGAGCUGGACCAGUGGAUCGAGCAGCUGAACGAGUGCAAGCAGCUCUCCGAGUCCCAGGUCAAGAGCCUCUGCGAGAAGGCUAAAGAAAUCCUGACAAAAGAAUCCAACGUGCAAGAAGUUCGAUGUCCAGUCACUGUUUGUGGAGAUGUGCAUGGGCAAUUUCAUGAUCUCAUGGAACUCUUUAGAAUUGGUGGUAAAUCACCAGAUACAAAUUACCUGUUUAUGGGAGACUAUGUGGACAGAGGUUAUUACUCCGUUGAAACAGUUACACUGCUUGUAGCUCUUAAGGUUCGUUACCGAGAGCGUAUCACCAUACUCCGAGGGAAUCACGAAAGCAGACAGAUCACACAAGUGUACGGUUUCUACGACGAGUGUUUAAGGAAAUACGGAAAUGCAAACGUUUGGAAAUACUUCACAGACCUUUUUGACUAUCUUCCUCUCACUGCCUUGGUGGAUGGGCAGAUCUUCUGUCUACAUGGUGGUCUGUCGCCAUCCAUAGACACACUGGAUCACAUCCGAGCACUUGAUCGCCUACAAGAAGUUCCUCAUGAGGGUCCAAUGUGUGACUUGCUGUGGUCAGAUCCAGAUGACCGCGGUGGCUGGGGGAUCUCUCCUCGGGGAGCUGGCUAUACCUUUGGCCAAGAUAUUUCUGAGACAUUUAAUCAUGCCAAUGGCCUCACGUUGGUGUCCAGAGCUCACCAGCUGGUGAUGGAGGGAUAUAACUGGUGCCAUGACCGGAAUGUAGUAACAAUUUUCAGUGCUCCAAACUAUUGCUAUCGUUGUGGUAACCAAGCUGCAAUCAUGGAACUUGACGACACUCUUAAGUAUUCUUUCUUGCAGUUUGAUCCAGCACCUCGUAGAGGCGAGCCACAUGUCACUCGUCGUACCCCAGACUACUUCCUGUAAUGAAAAUGUAAACUUGUACAGUAUUGCCGUGAACCGUAUAUUGACCUAAUGGAAACGGGAAGAGCAACAGCAACUCCAAAGUGUCAGAAAAUAGUUAACAUUCAAAAAACUUGUUUUCACACGGACCAA